AGUGCAGCGCAGUCCCACCCAACCUCAGCCCAACUUGAGACACCGCCCAGCAACAAUGAGACCAGUCCGUUCUUCGACAUUCAUAACGACCUUGCUCGCCUUGGUACCGUAAGGUGCAAACCAUGAUACCGCUUCCAUUUCCCAUCCGUGGGUAGAUUCAAUUCAGAACACUCGCCCAACCCAACUCCGCUGAACUCCACUGAGCUCCCCUUCUCACGCUUUUCACUGCCCAUAUCCGAGGGCAGGGUUAGAGGAACCGACGCGAGUGAGGCUCAGAGUCUUUGCUGUUGACUCACUGCGCCAGCCUUUCAGCCUCUGUUAUAUUAGAGUGGCCGUCAUGGAGGUUACUCGUGAUCGGCUACAGCAUUCCAUCCAAGAUGAUGGUCUCAAAGUCCCAGCGGUCCCAGAAGUUGUCGAAGUUUCACCCGACCAGCCAUCGCAGCCACUCGACGACGAUGAACAGCAGCUGUUGGAGCUGAAGCAGCAGGAGCAACAACAACUACAACUCACCUCUCCCGAGGAGCAACAGCACAGCACCCAGGCGCGAGAAGAUGUAGCCAUUGAUUUUGUUACCCUGGGAAUGUUCAUCAUCGACGACAUUGACUUUAUCCCUCCGACCCCCCCGGUCAAGAACAUCCUCGGUGGCGCCGGUGCCUAUUCUGCCCUGGGAGCCCGUCUCUUCUCUCCGCCUCCCAUCUCAUCCUCAGUUGGCUGGAUUGUCGACCAGGGUUCCGACUUUCCGCCUGCCCUCUCCACGCUCAUUGACUCCUGGUCGACCUCGGCUCUCUUUCGCCACGAUGGCCUUCGACUCACCACCCGCGGCUGGAACGGCUACGAGGACCUUUCCGAAAAGCGCGCCUUCAAGUAUCUCACCCCCAAGAAGCGUCUAACCGCAGAUGAUCUCACCCCGACGCUGCUCCAGUCGCGUUCCUUUCAUCUGAUAUGUUCCCCUACGCGCUGCAGGGAGCUCGUCUCUGACAUCACAAAGCUCCGUAAAAGGGCCAUACCCGCAGAGGCCUAUACCAAACCCAUCUUCAUUUGGGAGCCCGUUCCGGAUCUGUGCACCCCGGAUGAGUUGCUUAACUGUACAAACACUCUCCCCCUUGUCGAUAUCUGCAGCCCUAACCACACCGAACUGGCGGGAUUCAUGGGCGACGACGGGCUCGACCCUGAAACUGGUGAGGUAUCUACCGUUGCGGUUGAGCGUGCCUGUGAGCAGCUCCUGGCUAGCAUGCCCCUUCAGUCCUUUACCCUUGUCGUCCGUGCCGGCGACAAGGGCUGUUACAUCGCCAAAAAUGGCGGGAGGAAGCGGCAGCGCGACCCUAUCUCUACGACCAAGCGUCGCAAGAAGGAUUAUGUUCGGGGUGGCCUUCAGCCCGACACCGAUAUGGAAGCCCUCUUCGCCGGUCUUCUUCAGGACGCCGGCGGCUUCGUCGCCCGCGAAGAGAUUGAAGUGGACCCGGGCGUUGAGCGAUGGAUUCCAGCCUACCACAAAGGUCCUUCAAAGGUGGUUGACCCCACUGGCGGUGGCAAUACAUUUCUAGGCGGACUUGGUGUUGCCCUUGCCCGUGGUGAGCAUGUUGAGGAGGCUGCUAUAUGGGGCACGAUAGCGGCCAGCUUUGCCAUCGAACAAGUUGGUGUUCCCGUGCUUGGUAGAGACAUGGAUGGCCAGGAGACUUGGAAUGGGCAGGGUGUUCAGGCUCGGAUACGCCAGUUUAAGCAACGUCUAUAAGUACCUAUCAACGGGAACUGCUUGUUCGACUCCUGUCAUUGGGUGAUGGGAUAGCAAAAUAAGAUAUAUAUCUACGGACGACCUUUCUAACAUCUAAAUGGCAUAGGUACGCCCUACGCUCCCUUACAUACGUGACUAACCUGACC